AUGGGCAAAAUCAAGAUUGGAAUCAACGGAUUUGGAAGGAUUGGCCGUCUGGUGGCGAGAGUUGCUAUGCAGAGUGAUGAUGUUGAAGUCGUUGCCGUUAACGAUCCGUUUAUCACCACUGAUUACAUGACCUACAUGUUCAAAUACGACAGUGUUCAUGGCCAAUGGAAAAAGCAUGAGCUUAAGAUGAAGGAUUCUAAGACCAUCCUCUUUGGUAACAAACCUGUCACUGUCUUUGGUGCCAGGAACCCGGAGGAGAUUCCUUGGGGCGAGGCUGGAGCUGAUUAUGUUGUCGAGGCCACAGGCGUAUUUACUGACAAGGACAAAGCUGCUGCCCACUUGAAGGGAGGUGCAAAGAAGGUUAUCAUUUCUGCCCCAAGCAAGGAUGCUCCCAUGUUUGUUGUGGGUGUCAAUGAGAAGGAAUAUAAGCCAGAUAUUGAUGUUGUUUCCAAUGCUAGUUGCACCACCAACUGUCUUGCUCCAUUGGCCAAGGUUCUUCACGACAGAUUCGGCAUUGUUGAAGCUCUUAUGACAACUGUUCACUCUAUUACUGCAACACAGAAAACUGUUGAUGGUCCUUCAAUGAAGGACUGGAGAGGUGGAAGAGCUGCUUCAGUCAACAUCAUUCCCAGCAGUACUGGAGCUGCCAAGGCUGUAGGGAAAGUUCUGCCGUCACUAGAUGGAAAGCUGACUGGGAUGGCUUUCCGUGUUCCCACUGUUGAUGUUUCGGUGGUUGACCUCACUGCCAGACUUGAGAAGGCGGCCUCAUAUGAUGAAAUAAAAGCUGCUAUCAAGGAAGAGUCUGAGGGUAAAUUGAAGGGAAUCCUUGGUUACACUGAAGAUGACGUGGUGUCAAGCGACUUCUUGGGUGACUCCAGGUCAAGCAUUUUUGAUGCCAAGGCUGGUAUUGCUUUGAGCGGCAACUUUGUGAAGGUUGUCUCUUGGUAUGACAAUGAGUGGGGUUAUAGUAAUCGUGUGAUUGACUUGAUCCGGCACAUGGCAUCUGCUUAA